GCUCUGGAGAGUUUACAGAGUUUCUGCCAGAUGUGUGUCUUCUUUACUCUGCUGCUCCUCACAGAUUCGACUCUAAAAUAAUAAUCAGUAAAUAACAUUAAUGUGUGUCUGCUGGUUAAACUUUGGGUUUUUUUAAUUGAAUAUUUGUACCAGACUACCAGGAUCAGAGGAAGAAGACGGUAAAAUGUCUGCUGGAACAUCUGAGUUAUUCUGUCUGAUCGCCUGUUUCCUGGUUUGUUCCUCUGAAGGUGGGCGUGGCUGUGUGGUGUGACAGGCAGUCAGCUGUGGCCAAUCCGCUCAUCAGGAGUUGAUGACUGGCAGCUCAGAAAAUCAUCACAGCUGCUCUUGGACAGGAUGUCAUUCUACAACAACAUCAGAGCUGUAGAGUGGAGCAGACCUGAAAUGCAAUCAGAAUAUGUUCUGUUCUACCGAGAUGGACGCUUAGAUCCAUACAACCAGCAUCCAUCUUAUAAGAACCGGGUGGAUCUGCAGGACAAAGAGAUGAAGGACGGAGACUUUUCUCUGAUUCUGAGGAAUGUGACGAUGGAGGACAAUGGAACAUACGAGUGUCGUGUUUUUGAGAAAGGAAAGAUUGAUCCCAUCAGCAAUAUCAUCCUGGAAGUUCAUCUAUCAGGAGACAAGAGUGGAAUCAUUGGAGAUGGAGAAGACAAGGAUGGAGGGAACAAGGAUGGAGGGAACAAGGAUGGAGGAGACAGGAAUGGAGGAGAUAAGGAUGGAGGAGACAAGGUUGGAAUCAUUGUAGGAGCAGCAGUGGGUGUGAUUCUUCUUCUUGCUGUGGCUUUGGUUGCUUUUCUGAUCUGUAGACGACACACGAGGAAGAAUCCCGACCUCCCAGUUCCUCCUGAUGAUGAAGCAGCAGCUGAACAGAUGUUAUGAAACAAAGACGUGAAAGUUUUUCUGGACAGCAGCAGAACAAAGCACAGCUUCUGUAACUCUGAUGGAACCAGCAGCAGCAGAACAAAGAGAAUCCAGGUGUGGACCAACCAUGUGGUCUCUCCUUUAACUGCCACCUUAUGGUGGUGGAGGGUUUGUGAGCUCAGAGGAUGCUGGGAGAUCUGCUGUCUGGAGUUCAGCUCCUGGUAGAGUUUCUAUUGGCAGACUGGUCCAGAAACAUCAAGUCCUCCCAACAUCUCCAUCAUCUAGAUUUAUCCUGUGGAUUGUUGCUGCUGCUGCUGCUGCUGGUCUUCAUCAACUUUUCUACUCUGUUGGUUUGUCUGGAAAUAAAUGUGUUCCAAAGCUCUGCAUGUUAGAACCUGAUGAAAUGUUGUGGAUGUAAAGUGUUCUGUCAGAUGAGAUCAGAACCACAUAGAAAAGUUCUGAUUGUCCAGAAUGAAGCACAAGUGAUGAACAGAACUUUAGAUUGAACUUGUUUUAAUGUUUUAUCUGUCAGCAGCUCUGAUGAUGUUCUCAACUGUUUACAGGGUAAAGGUGCAGAUAAUAUUAUGUAUUUUAGAUAUAUUUUAUCCUGCCUACCUGAACUGGUGAAAACUGUGUGGCAAAAUGCCUCAUAGCGCCCCCUACACUUUCCUACAGGCAGCACGUUUCACCUACAACCUCCAGAUUUGGUCAGCAUUUGCAGCACAUCAGGCUUAAUAAAACAGUCAGUCGUGGCCAUGUUCUAAACCCAACAGGAAGUCCACCAUUUGAUCAUGUUCAACAACGAAUUCCUCCUAGAGGGGAACUCCAAGAACAUUCAGAUUUGGUCAGUAGGACGUAGUGAUGAAAAGUUAUCAAAACCUUCUGCAUCAGUAAAAGGGCCAUGGACAUUUUAAACACUAUUUGAGCUUUAGUAUGUUCCUAAGACCUGUCUGUGUCAUUUAGCCUCCUUAUAAACACAUUAUAGCUGUGAAAAUUCUCUAUGUUCACAUGUACUGUUUAUAUAAACUUUGUGCCAUAAUCCUUGAAAUUGGUACAGUGAAGACCUGUUCAAUGCUGUUUGCAGCUUUAAUAUGUUUUGUUGUUAAUCUGCAGAUAAAUGUAGUCCAGUAAAAUAACAUUGUUUGCUACUGAACUGUAGUGAAGGUUGAAUAGAAUAAACUGAACUUAAACUGAUAGAAUGAACUGAGUUACUCACAGAAAUGAUUGAUUAUUUAUUUUAUUUUAUUUACUGCUGGAUGGUUUGUGAGUUUCUGGGAUCUUUGUCUUAUUUUGAGGUUUUAUUUGCUGAUGUUCUGAACUGUUUACAGGAUGAAGGUGCAGCUAAUUUUAUGAAUGUCAUCUAUUUUUUUAUGCUGCUCAGCAGUCUGUGAGUUUCAUCUUCAUCCUAUAUCAUGUUUUGUUGUUAAUCUGCAGAAAAAUGUAGUCCAGUAAAAUAACAUUGUUUGCUACUGAACUGUAGUGAAGGUUGAAUAGAAUAAACAGAAUUUAAACUGAUAGAAUGAACUGAGUUACUUCACAGACAGGAUUGUUUAUGUUUUAACACACUGGAAAUAAUGAACUUUACUGUAAAUAAUGAACUUUACUGUAAAUAAUGAACUUUGCUGUAAAUAAUGAACUUUACUGUAAAUAAUGAACUUUACUGUAAAUAAUGAACUUUGCUGUAAAUAAUGAACUUUACUGUAAAUAAUGAACUUUACUGUAAAUAAUGAACUUUACUGUAAAUAAUGAACUUUACUGUAAAUAAUGAACUUUACUGCUGUUUGACUGUCUUUGUUCUUUGUUGUCUAAUAAAGGUUGUUUCCCCAGA